AAGGAAAAAAUUCACGAACCAAAGUAGUUGCACUUAUUUACUUGAUCAAGUUUCAUGUAAAUUGGGAUCAAUUUUCAUCUUUACAAGUUAACCAGAAAAUUAAACAAAACUUCUUCUAUUCAAGUUAACUUCUUCGAUUCAAAAUCUGUACUCCUUUUCUAUCACCGGCUAAGAUUAUCAAACAGAUAAUCAUGUCCCCAAAAAAAUCGAAAGCCGGUGGCGAUGCAAACAAAGCAAUUAUACUUCAUAAAGCAAAGGAUCUUCGAUUGGAAAACACUUCGAUGCCAAGUCCUCCUGGUCCUGAUGAGGUCCAGUUACGAGGUGAAUAUUGUGGUAUCUGUGGUACUGAUGUUCAUCUUUGGCAAGAAGCAAAGCUAGGCAUUUUUGAGGUACAAAAACCUCUCAUCUUGGGUCAUGAAGCUUCAGCUACGGUAAUUGCUGUUGGUCAAAAUGUUACUAAUCUCACCGUCGGUGAUCCAGUUGUAAUUGAAAAUGCAGUUCCUUGUUGUCGGUGUAAAUUUUGUCUCCAAGGUACUUACAACUAUUGUGAAGCUUGCACAGUUCAAGCUAAAGGAUUACCACCGGCGGAUGGAUUGAUUCAACAAUAUUAUAACCAUCCAGCUGCUUUUACACACAAAAUUCCUCCAACUUUGCGUCUUGAUGUUGCUGCUUUAGCUGAACCAUUGGCUGUCUCGGUUCACGCUUGCAAUCGAGCAAAGGUUACAUUUGGACAGAAGAUAUUAGUUUGUGGUGCUGGAACUAUGGGUUUAUUAACAUUCUUGACAGCAAAAGCCUACGGAGCCUCAAGAAUUGCGAUCUUAGAUAUAAUGCAAAGUAAAUUGGAUAAAGCAAUUGAACUUGGUGUUGAUGGGGUUAUUUUGAGCCGUAAAGGAAUGACAGCGAAAGAUCUAUCGGAUAUGGCCAUAACAUCUCUUGGUGGACAUCCUGAUAUAACCAUGGAGUGCACUGGUUCAGAAAUUUGUGUCAACACCGCAGUUGAGGCUACUCAGUGUGGUGGUAAAAUUAUCUUGAUAGGAUUGAAUCCUAAUAAAUUGUCUCUCUCUAUGAGCAAAGCAUCGCUUAAAGAGCUUGAUCUUCUUGGUGUUUGUCGAUAUAGAAACAGUUACCCGCAAGCUGUCGAGUUGUUGAGCAGUCGGCCUGAGUUUGAGAAGUUCAUCACGCACACCUUUCAGCUUGACCAAGCUAUGGAUGCAUUUGAAUCAAUGCAAAAAGGCGAAGGUUUAAAAAUUGUAAUCAAAUGCAACUGACCAAGUUCAAUCGAUAUCCUCUUUAAUAUCAAUUAUUCACUAAUAACAUUUUGAUUUAAACUCUUUUAACUUAAAUAUAAUGAAAAAUUGCGAUUAACGUUUCACUCAUUGAUUAAUCACUACUUAAAAAAUCAAUAUAAUGGUGAUUCUAUUAAAAAUUAAAUUUUCAACAUUA